AUGACUUCCAAAACGCGUCGUUUAACCACCUGUCACCGCCACCCUUCCAAACCCAUCACCGGUUUUUGCGCUUCCUGCCUCACCGAACGUCUCUCCGGCAUCGAAUCCUCUUCCACUGACCCCGAACUCCGCCGUACCAAAUCUUGCUCCGGUAGCGGUCGAACUUCCGCCGCCGUUGAACCCCGCCGUAGGUCUUGUGAGAUCCUCGCUGUUCCGGAGCUGAAACAUGGCACGCUGUCGGACCUCUUCAAUCUCGACGAUGAGAAGAAGAAGAAGCAGACUUCGAAUCGGAAUGUCGAAAUAUCCGGUGUUGAGAUUAGUGAUUUCGACGGUGGUGAUACUCUUAGGGUUUUAGUCGAAAAUGACGAAGAGACGAAGACGAUGAAGGAGUUUAUAGAUCUUGAAAUUCGUAGCGGGAAGAACGGGGGAAGAGAUUCAAGAGGGGGUUUCUGGGACGCGGCUUCGGUUUUCAGCAAGAGGUUGAGGAAAUGGAAGCGCAAACAGAAGUUGAAGAGAAGCGGCGGUGCUUGCGACGGCUAUGUCACCGGCAAUGGUGUUGGUUUGACGAGGAUGGAGGUUGAGAAGCAUAGGACGAGGAAUUGGAGAGAGACGCAAUCGGAGGUUGGAGAGUAUGGUUUAUCAUCGCUUGGAAGAAGAUCAUGCGAUACUGAUCCUAGGUUAUCUGUGGAUGAUUCGAGGUUUUCAUUCGAUGCACCUCGAGCUUCUUGGGAUGGUUAUUUGAUUGGAAAAGCGUGUCCAAAAUUUUCUCCUAUGGUUGCUAUUAAUGGUGAUAGGGUUUUGGUUGAGGAAGAAGAAGAAGGAGAAGAAGAGGUGGUGAAUUUGGAAAGUGGUGGUGGUGGUGGAGAGCAUUAUCCUGGUGGUUCAGAUCAGACAAAGCAUUACUAUUCGGAUCGGAGAAGGAGAAGUUUUGAUAGGUCAAAUUCUCGUAGGAAAUCGAUGGUGAUUGGAGAUGUUGAUGAGUUGAGAGUGAUGUCUAAUGCCAAGGUUUCACCGGCCACUACUGAGUUAUUCUAUGGUGCAAAAGUCUUGAUCACUGAGGAAGAUUUGAGGGGUGCUAAUUUGAAUCCCAAGAACAAUGUUAUUGUUCAUUCUGAUUGUACAACAGGGUCUUCUUCUAAGGAAGCUUGUGAUGUUGAAAUUGGAGUUGAUCAAAAGGGGCCGAACAAGUUUCACAAAUGGGGCAAGUUGUGGAAUAAAUUGGGAUUAGUACAGAGGAGAAAGGAAGAUAAGUUGGGAGAGGAAGAAUGUGUUUCUGGUGAUGUUGUUAAUAAGCCAAUAGCCGAGUCUUGGCAGAAGCUUAGGAGGGUUGUUAACGGACAAGGGAGCGAAUCGGUUAGUGAGAAGCUUAUUCGUAGCUAUAGCGUUAGUUGUAGAAACCAUAGUAGAAUGUCUGGUUUAGUCAAUGGCCUUGCAGGUCCUGAAACCAAAGGCAAUGUUUUGAAUGGAAGACAAGAGCUUACGCUUCAAAGGAAUCGAAGUGUUAGGUACUCGUCGAGUAAUGUUGACACCGGCCUGCUAAGAUUCUAUUUGACACCGUUGAAGAGCUAUCGGCGAAGCAGGUCUGGAAAGAGUAGCAGGAUUUGA